AAAUUAUAAUCUAUGUGUAAUGGCGGUUUUCGGCUUGUGUUUCUUGUGCUAAGUCGCGGAUGUUUGGUUAUAUUAAUUUGUGUUGAAUCGUUGUUUUCAUUCAAUAAUUGCAAUGCGUCGUCGAAGUGAUAAAGCAGCUACCAAAAAGGCAAAAGCAUCGCCAGAAAAAAAAGAAAAGGAAAAGCCAGAAAAGUUGAAACGAACCAGAAGUAGGCGUAGAAAACAAUCUUCUUCAUCUGAAAAUGAAUCGGUCGAAGAAAGCGUUUCUAAACAAACAAUCGAAGUUUCUGAACCCGUAACUGAAAUAGCCCCGGUUGUUGCAAAGGAAGAGAGUCCAGAACAGUCUCAAGAACAAGUUUGGCACGUAAAAGCUGCUGAUACUUCUGGCGAUGGAGGAGAGAUACAAAAACUGAAAAUAUGUUUGACUCGUCCACCAUCCACUCCUGAAAGAGUAGACAGGUCUCCUCGGAGCAAGAGAAAGCAUUCGCGCGCUACCAGUUCUAGUGAUACGCCUAGUGUUGAAAGUGAAGAGAAAAAGAAACCGAAACAUCGUACUAGAAGGUUUACAGCAGAAGCGAAAGAUUCCCUUGAAAAAAGUUCAACAGUUCAAAGUGAUGAAAUGGAGAAUGAGAGUCAAGCUCAACCUUCAACUAAGUCCGAUUCAGAUAUAAGUCAAAGUAAUGAAUCAAAAGACACGAAGGAAAUUACAUCAUAUGAGACGCCAAUGUCUACAACAAAUGACGAUAAAGAAGAAAAAAUGGAUACGUCAGAUACGGUUAAAAGUGAAUCAUUAGAUCAAGAUAAAGAUGCACAGGAUAAAAUAUCUGAUGCAGAUACAACUGUAGCAUCUCCAAAACAGCAAGAAGAGGUGCCUGCUUCUCCAGAAAUGAAAAGUCCAAUGAGGAAACGGAGCUCCUCAGUUGAGAAAUCAGAGGUUCUGGAAUUGCAUGCUGAGGACAGUAGGUGUGAAUCAUCUGAUUUUAAUGAACCUCAGGAAGAAGACUCUAAGGACAUAAUACAAAUAAGUGUAAAGCCAAAGGAUGAAGAGAUCACAGAAGAUUCUACUAAGGUAAGUAUUAAUGAAGCUGAAAAUGAAGUUUCAGGGAAAACUGAGUCUACUGCUGAGGUUCAAUCUACUGAUACUAAAAAUGAUGUUGUAGAGGUAAGCAAAGAGGAAACAAAAUUAGAAUCUGUCAACACACAGGAGAUGUCCAGUGCAGAAGCAAUGGAAGUUGAAGAUAAUAAACAGAAUACAUCAGUCGAGAGCAAUGAAGAUUCUAGCAAUGCGGGAAAGCCGAGCAAUAUACAGGAAACUGAAGAAAACAAAAUAGAACAAAAGAAUAAAGAAGAGAUUCAAAAAGACAUAGAAGUUGCUAAGCCCUCUGAGGAAAUUGCAAAUGGCCAAGCAACAUCUAUAGUAAUCAAUAGAAAGCGGCGAUGGGGCUCUCGCCCCAGUAAACUAACAACCCAAAAGUCAUUAACAAUAUCAACUGACAUUUUAAAAGAAAUAAUACCUGAUGUGAAACCAGCAGAAUUCGAGGAAGUUAUUGAGGAAAGAAAACAUAAAAGAAUUGAAAUUCCUGAAAGGAUUGAGAGACCAGUAUUGCCCAAAAUUGUAAUUGACAACACAGAAAAUGUGGAGCGCAACAAAAAAGAUUCUGACGAGAAAGAAAAUUCUGGAGAAAAGAAAACUUCAGAUUCACAUUUAGCAUCAUCUAGGAAAAUAUCAAUUGUUAAGGACAAUGACAGCAUUAUUGCCCGACCACCGAGUCCACCAAGGCAUAAGCAGUCAAACAUUUUGUUUAUAACAAAUUUGGUCAGACCUUUCACAUUACCGCAGCUUAAGAAUUUGUUGCAAAGGACCGGAAGGAUUACUGAAAAUGGCUUUUGGAUUGAUAGAAUCAAGUCAAAAUGCUUUGUUAUAUAUGAAAAUGAGGAUCAAGCGGUCGAAACAAGACAUGCUCUUCAUGGGGUGACUUGGCCAGUAUCAAAUCCUAAAACCUUGCAAGUUGAUUUUUCUACCCAAGAGGAAUUUGAUAAAGCAAAAGCAAAUGAAGAUACAGAUAAUGCUAAAGCAUCCACAAUCCCAGGAACAGUAGAAGAUUGGCUUCGGGAACAAGAUAUGAAAAGAGAAAAGGGAGAAAUUGUCACUGAUCGCCCGUGGGAACGUAAAGUGGCAACACGUGAGUGGGACCUGGGCAAAAAUGAUAAGAAUAAAGAAAAGGAGAAGUUCCAAAGGGAAGAGCGCCCACAAGAAAAAAGAAGACAUCGCUCUCCUGAAAGAAGUCCAGAACCAGCGCGGAAGUUCAAGAAGAAGGAAGAGGAAGCGCCAGCUAAACUUUUGGAUGAUUUGUUUAGAAAAACGAAGACCACUCCCUGUAUAUACUGGCUACCACUUUCUGCUGAAACGAUUGCAGUGAAAGAGGAGCAACGUAGGCAACACAUGGCCGAAUAUGAGCGACGAAUGCAGGAGAACCGUCGCCCGCAUCGCAGACAUUACUGGGUGUUUGGUGCAUCUGUGUGGCACUGCUGGCAUGCGCCUCAGCCCAAAAUCCGUUUACUCUCGAAGAAUUCGUCUCUGGACAAUUCUCCCAGACAGGAUUCACAGGGAGAUGGAUUUCUGGGUUUUCUUAACACAAGCAACCCAAUACUAUCAGCGGAUAGACAGUACAUUUUAGCACCCAGCGAAGUCGAAUCUAUUACCUCUGAUGGUAUUCCCGGAGUUAUUUAUAAUGGACAUACUGAUUGGGUGUACGAAGAGGAUGUAAUGUACACGGGGCAAGCCACGUGGUUCUCUCCCGAUGGAAAAUACUUAGCUUUCGCGAGCUUCAACGAUACGCUCGUUGAAACUUAUUCUUACUACUACUAUGAGGACAAAAGCGACCCUGAAGAUUUGUAUCCAGAAUUAGUUGAUCUUAAAUACCCGAAGGUUGGGCGCAUAAAUCCCACUGUAACGCUUCGUGUUGUUGACUUAAGUACGAUUCAAAAUAAUGUAAAUUAUAUCGUAAUGGAGGCCCCAGAAGAAGUGAGCGAUGAUCACAUUCUGGGUGGUGUGACCUGGCCUACAGAAACAGAAAUUGCAGCUCAUUGGUUGAACAGACGUCAGAAUCAGACUGUACUACGGAUUUGCAACAUUCAGACAUUAGUUUGUGAGAAUGAACAUCGCGAGCAGCCAAAUGGUUGGGUGCCUAUUGCGUUACCACGCUUCAGCAGUAAAGGAGAUUACUACGUGUCCACCCGCUGGUCGCUGCAGCAGGCCGAUGGGAAAGUGUGGCAACACUUGUAUGUUACGAUGAGAGUCAACGGCACUUUUGUGUCUAGUUCUGUUACGCCGGGAGCGAGGACCAUUAACUCUUUUGUUGGCCUCGAUGAAGAGAAUUUGGCAUUCUAUUACACAAGCACAGUGGAAGGUCGGCCGUGGCAAUCAGGAGUGCACAUAGCGGGCUCCAGGAUUGGCUGCCUCAGCUGCGAUAUAAAGCUUCCGGACAAUGGCGCCUGCACCUGGGCCACCGCCACCGCCAGCCACCGCGGCUCUUACUUGACCAUCACGUGCAGUUCCACUAACGAGCCAUCUGCUACUUACAUCUAUCAUCCGUUGAACAGAACCAUUCUGUACACUUGGGAAACCAAUGAAAUUGUUCGUGAGCGUCUAAAGUCUAAAGUUAAGCCAAACACGUUUAUAACAACAGUACCGCUGCAAAAUGGCCAUCCCGCGCCAGUGAGACUCUUCCUGCCUCCAGGACUCGAUCAAAGUGAUACACAGACUAAAUAUCCCCUGGUGUACUACGUGUACUCUGGGCCUAAUACUAACACAGUGUUCGAUACUUUUACCGUUGGAUACCACUCAUACUUGGCCACGAGUCGCAAUACAAUUUACAUGUUAGCCGACGGUCGUGGGGCUGGACUCAACGGGCAAGACAUUUUGUAUUCCCUUAACAAUGCACUUGGAACUGUCGAGGUUGAGGACCAUUCUGUCAUUUUAAAGCAAGUGCUAAGCCGCUACGGUUACAUAGAUCCCCAGAGGGUGGGUAUUUGGGGCCACAGCUACGGUGGUUACGCGACCCUUCUCACUCUGCUGCAUGAUGAUGAGCACCUGUUCAAAUGUGGGGUUUCUGGUGCACCUGUCACUUCGUGGUUAUACUACAAUACAAUGUACACAGAGCGGUACAUGGGUCUUCCGACCGCUGAAGACAAUUUGGCGGGCUACGAGCGCGGUGACGUCACACUGCUGGCGGAGAAACUUCGCGGACACGACUUCUACCUCAUGCACGGGAAUGCGGACGACAACGUCCACUAUCAAAACGCUGCGAAACUCAUGAAGGCGUUGCAAGAAUUGAAUAUACCUUUCGAACAGAUGUCGUAUCCAGACGAAGCCCACAGUUUGAGGGGUGUCAACAUGCACAGAUACAAUACAAUGAAUCGUUACUGGGAGAAAUGCAUACAAGUCCCCGGUGAAGUGGGAGCGUAAUUUUAAUUUUAAAAAUUAAUCAAAUUUUAUAUAUUAU